ACCCCCGUCAGGCCCCCUGUUAUGCUUCACUGAGACGCGUCCGUUUUUACCCAACACACCUUGGGGCAUCGCCAGUCAGUCAGUCUGUCCAGUUUUCCACAUUUUUGUCUUAUUUCGACGUCUUACCUUAACGAUCUGAUUAUCUUAAGGCGUUCAGAAGACACCAGGGUCCCUUAAGGAGUGUGAAAGUGGACCGAAAUGGCAGGACUUAGGGAGUAUACGGUUGUUUUGGUCGUCCUUUUCGUCAUUCCUACAGCGGUGCUUGGUGCCCUGCCGUUCCAGUGUUACGGGUGCACAGGCCGGUACACAGACGACUGUAUCUCCAACAAGGACAUCGUCAACUGUACCCGCGGUCAGGACACGUGUAUGAUGGAGGUCAUCAACUUCAAGUCAUCCCUACAAAUGAGAUACACAAAGAUGUGCACCACCCGAAGUGCCUGCCAACAAGCCAAGAGCAGGUACAGCAAGGGGUGCCACAACGCGGAGGGGGCCAUCUGCGUGACGUGCUGUAACACCGCCCGGUGUAACGUCCGGCCCGACCCCACCUACGGACCGGACUGGGUCCGCCUCAGCCGCAGGAGCGCUGGCGUGCACGUGUCGCCUGGAGGCGCUGUGGUCAUGACCGUUCUGACUGUGUUAGCCAUGCACCUGGUUUUCCACUAGAAAACAUUUUAAGUGACAGAAUACACGAUUUCAAAGGUUCUGAUUGUACUGUUGUACCGAAAGUAUUCGAAUUCUUGUUUCUAUGUCCUUUUUUUAAAACUACAAACCUCGCAAUGACGAUUAACUCUUUAAACCUGUUUAAAAAUGUUCUUUAGCAAAGAGUAUAGAAUGUCAGCAAAUUAUACAAGUGCCUUGAAAGAUCCUUUUACAUUUCCUAUGUAUCAUUUUCUCAUUGGACAUUGGGUGCAAUGCAAAAAUCAAAUCUGCAAUGGGUGCCUUUCUAUUUUGAUAAUCUUCUAUUUUAGACUUGCUCUAGUAAUAGAAAAAAGUAACUGUGUUUUAGAAUUCUAUAGCCUAUGACAGUGUGUUUUGAUAGUCAAAUCAGUCCUAUGCAGUAAAAUAUAACACACUUUGUAUCACUGUACAAUAUUGCCAGUAUAUACGAGAAAGUACCAAGGAUUGCUGUUAUACUAAUACAUGUACAAAUGAUUUCGUUUUACCGAAUAAUUAGACCUUAGAAUCGACCUAAAAUGUACCAAAACUUUUAGUCCAGCAAUAUACUGUUAUAGAAUAGCCUUUAGACUAGAGCUGUGUUGUUUGGUGGUUGAAUUUUGUAUAUCAUAAUGACUUAAUAUGUAUUUUCUACAAUUACAUGGGAACAUGCAAUAGUUUUGUUGUUGGAAAGACUAUACUUUGAAACCAAAAGACAGGAAAUAAGAUAACCUUUUCUGGGACCUUUGACCUACAUACACCCAGAAGUACAUCCAAGUUUAGGCAUGACUGUUACCAUUAGAUACACGUAUGUGUAUCUUAUUUCCCUUUCUUUUUUGAUAGUUAUGUAUUUUGAUUUGUGUAUGAAACAACAAUGAAAAUCUAUAGUCGGGAUUUCUACAAAAUAUACUUUGUACAAAAGAAA